UGGUCGAAUAUGGUUAAUAUCGACCAAUGUGAGGAUGAGGUACCGCAAAAUCAAUCAAAAAUAAUAAUGUGCGAGAUAUGCAACGAAGAAGAGAGUAAGUAUAAGUGCCCUGGUUGUUUCUUCCGGACGUGUUCGGUGCAGUGUUCGAAGAAGCAUAAGGAACUUUUUCAGUGUAACGGACAACGACAAGUAUCUUCGUUUAGUGUAGUUAGGCGACUUGCAGACUGUAACGCCGCAACAAUAGCAGAAGAUGAAAAAUUUUUGAAUGAUGUUGAGAAAUCGGUUACUAACUUACUUAAUUGUGCAUCAGCCUCUACAAGUGUUGCGCAGUGCUCAGCGAUUUCUGACUCUUCAGGUGCGAAAGAAUUGAAAGAAGCUACGGAUUUGUCCGAAAAGAAACCUGAGGUUUGUCUAGAAAUCGAAGUCAGUCCGAAGGGGAAUGAAGAUGGUGGCCAGCGGCAAGGAGGGAAAAAUCUGACAGUUAAGCAAAGGUACUUGUGUAAUAAUGCUCAGAGGCGACGCAUAUGGAUAACAAUACCGAGGGAUGGAGUUACAGAGGAGGAUGGCUCCCGUCAUGAACCGUUUUCGGAUACUAUUUUUUGGACAAUUGAUUUAAUAUUUCGCAGAGAAGUUCAAAAUGGAGAAGAAACAAAGAACACAGUUGACUACUUUUAUAGUGCUAAAAACAUUCCAGAAAGUAUUUGUGUCUCUACCCUUCUGCGACAGUUUAUAAAGCCAAAAAAAAUCGGCCCAGUGGUUAAUCGUGAUGAAUUAGAUGCUGAGAAGCUUCUACCGUUUCAGGAGGUAGGAUUAGAUGGGUUAACUGUAUACAUGCCUGUGCCUUUGGAAAAUAAAGAACGAUUUUAUGUAGUGGACAUUAGCAAGACCAUACUGGAUAAUCUGCGUAACCGCUCCAUUAUAAGCCAUCCAACUUUUAUUGUAACUCUUGACACCCAGAUGGGACAUUACAUUAUGCUAAGUGAGCAAGAAGCGCAAGAAAUGAGGGAGACCAGAAGGAUGCGUGAUGCGGACGAUAGAAGAGGGCGGGGAGGAUUCCGUAACAACAGAUUCGGAUCGCAUCAGGGUUUUCAUAAAAAAUCACUCCAUGAAAAUCGGUUUUUGGGUCGCCGACGUUUUAACAAUGAUGAUUUGGAAAUAGAAGUUUUGGAGAAAAAAAGGGUGGAAGGUGACGGUUUCCCUGACAGUCGUGGUACUAUUGACAGGUUUGGGGAACGUCUUGAAGAGGAACGUUUCAACUUUCAUGAGAAACGUGGAGAUUCUUUUGGAAGAGGAGGCCGAAGGAACGGUCGCGGUUAUUUUGAUCGCAGAGGGAGCUUUUGGGGAAGAACUAGGUACAGCAUUCACCCUCUUGAAAUGUCGCCAGCGGAAUUAGCAGCUGCUGAUGCAAAUCAGAGUUUGCGACGCAGGAACGAAGCUUAUUCCGCUGAAGAUGCAGUUAUUUUAGCUUGGGCGAAAGCAGUUGACAGUCGUUCAAAACAAAAUUCACGGAUGGGCAAUACUGAGUCAGCCUCUGUAGAAACGUGA